AUGACGGGCCUCCCCGUGAGUUGCGAAUGUGGGAACAUUCGCUUUAGGACGCCAACGUCAGAGCCGGCAGGAAUGGCAUAUUGUCACUGUACGGCGUGCAGAAAGCAGUCAGGCUCUGCCUUCGGCACAUCUGUGUACUUUUCGUCGGCAGGCUUGUUCCCGCUGCCCGAGGCGCUCGAGGCCAAGCUCGCCAUGUUCACGCACCCGACCGACAGCGGCAACACGAUGCGCUGCUACUUUUGCCCAAAUUGCGGCGUGCGCAUCUUCCACGCCAUCGUGCUGCCCGACGGCAGCUUGCGCUCCACCGUGGCCUUCAAGGGCGGCGUCAUCGACGAGGGCAUCGACUGGAAGGCCGUGAAGCCCAGAAACAUCUUCACGCGAUCGGCCGUCAUGGACAUCCCCGACGGCUGGGAGUGCUACGAGGGCGCUCCACCGCCGCCCAAGACGCAAGGCGCGAGCAAAAGUUAA